AUGGUGCAGGGGGCGCGUGGGGGCAGCAGGGACGAGGAAGUGUACCGGCCCCGAGUGCCAACUCGGAAGCAGCGUCUGAUCGAGCCGCCCCCGAAGCCAGACGGCACGCCGUACGACGUGGAGUACGUGUCGUUCAUCACGCCGUGGAAGCGCCCGACGGAGGUCGAGGAGCUCGUGCAGAACACAGUCUACACCUUCUCGCAGCCGUGGGGCUUCGGCCCGCUCAAGGUCGGCCUGCGCAUGACGGUCUACCGCCUCCCGAGCGGGGGACUCUGGCUGCACUCCCCCGUCGCGCCCACGGAGGAGUGCCUGGCGCACGUCCGCGCGAUCGGCGGCCCCGUCGAGCACCUCGUCGUCCCGGGCGUGUCUCCGGAGCACUCCGUCUUCCUCCCCGGGUGGCUCGAGCUGUAUCCCGACGCGAAGAUGUGGGUCCCCCAGGAACUGUUCAAGUUCCCCCUCAGGACGCCGAAAGUGGACGAGCUCCUGAAACCAGGUCUCACGGGGGUCCUGGGGCGGCCCUCGCUCGCGGCGUGGGAGGGCGCGGUGGACAUGGCCGUGCUGCGCGCCCCGAACGCGUUCGAGGAGGGCGCGUUCCUCCUCAAGGAGCCCAAGAUCCUCCUUACGUCGGACCUCAUGGUGGCAACGAGCCCCGAAUACACCCGGGCCAUGGAGCAGCUCCUGGGGCCGAUUGCGCGGGCCAUGAUCGGCGAGUACGGCCUCCGUCCGCUCGUGGCGCCGAUGCUGGGCCUCGCGUACCCGCGCGUGGUGGGCGCGUGGGCGGAGCGCAUCUCGCGGUGGGACUUCGAGACGGUCGUGUCGUGCCACAUGGACGCGCCGACGCUGGACGGGCGCGCGGCGUUCGAGAAGGCGUUCGGGGACACGAUUCGGAAGUACCGCGAGCUCCAGCUGACCGCGCCGACCGAGUUCAAGGAGCCCGGGAGGCUGCCGCAGCGCAGCAGCGGGGGCGCGGGGGACCGCGAGGUGCUGUGGGAGCGGCGCGUGUCGGUGCCGAAGGCCGCGCAGCGCGCGAACAUCCGCGCGACGUCGCACCAGCUGGAGCGGGAGCUCGCGCGCAGGAAGACACAGGGCGGGCAGCGGCGGCGGCGGCCGUUGUAG